AUGAGGACAAAGAAGAAUUCGAAGCUCUUCUUCUUUUUCUUCCUCGAAGUGUUAGUUUUCUUCGUUUCUCUCGAAAAAGUAUCGGCGGAAAGAUUCACCGGGACGUUAAAACUAAACUCCGCGAACACGGAGCAAACGGUCGGUAAAUUCGCGGUGAGAAGAACGGGAGAUAUAAGCGUGAAAUUAUCAACCGCGAAAACCGGUUGGGAACGUGGCAGACACAAGUUGAAAGUUUUAUUGUUUGAAGAUAAAUCGUACGAAGAGUACGACCGACAGGUGAAGAAAGGAAGCUUGUGCGACAGUCGAUGCAACAUGGCAAAUUUAGAGCACGACGUGGAUUUACCGCACCCGAAAGCGACGCACAAGGCGGAAGGGUACGAGUUUUUUGAAGAUCCAGAAUCGGGAGACUCCUAUCGAGUGGAUUUGGACAGCGGGAACGUCAGUUGGGUACAUCCCGAGAAUCACAUGGUGGACGAAGAAGCCGUUCGAAAAGCCGCGGAUAACAAGAAGAAAAAAACACCGCCGUCGUCCAAAGGGUGGGGGCUUAAAGGAACAGGAGGGGCAACCCCCACGGAUUCGUUGACGCCGCAGAAGAUUGUGCACAGGGAGACGUAUUUCGAAUCGAGCUUACGAGCGAUGCGACAGGUGAAAGGAAGAAGAGGCGUGACGUAUAACGCGUCAAGAGCUGCGUUUUGGUAUAUCGUCGUCGCGGAUUGCGCGUUGGAGUUUUACGACGCGAAGCCUCCGCCUUUGCAUUUCGAUAUCACGAUAAAGAAUAAUGGACAACACUUACCGUCCGAUUUGAGCGGCAUCGGGUGGGUGUACGUGACGAAUUUUUUAUUCAUGUUCUUUUUAGGUUUGGUAUUCGUCUCCAUGGCCGUUCGCAUGCACAGAAAGAACGAAAAGACGACGCAUUUAGUCGUUCUUUUAGUCAUGUUGGCGUACUUUUUACAAAUGAUGAGCUUAUUACUUGAACUAUUACACUUGAGAAGAUUCGUCAAAGACGGGAAAGGCUUGCGAUGGCGGUACUCCUACUUACCCGCAGAUUUUAUGGCAGAAGUCUCGCAAGGAACGUCUGAGUUUAUAACGACGAUGACGUUGUUAUUUCUAGUCUGUGGAUGGACGACGACGGCGGAGGCGGAAAGUUUGAAGAGUUCCGCGGCGAAAGUAUUUAGUGGUGAUUCGAGUUUAGAAAGCGGUUCGGCGGCGAGAAGACGAACGGGGGCGAAUUUUGGAGCCGUCGCAGGCGCGGACGGCGUCGCAGACGAUGGGGAACGAAAGAGAGGACGUUCGAACAACUUUAGUAGCGAUGGUGAUUACGACGACGAUGCGAAGAAGAAGAAUGCGCCGCCAACGCCGAAAACAAUCGCUAAAGGUGCGGCAGCCAUCGCGAAAGGUUUGCUCGGUAAAAAAGCGUUGGAAAAUCCAGAGACGAAACGAAUUUUAGUGAACAUCACCGCAGCGUUGCGCUCGCCGGGGUAUUUGUUCAAAAAGCUACCCAAUGGUGUCAGCGCAAGCACUCGCCGCUUAUCUGCUGGUGGGAUGAUUAUCGCAGGGAACGCCGUGUUACAUUUUAUUUUAGAAGCGUGGGGGCGACGAUACGAGUCGAUGUUCAACUCGUUCCACGAUCACGAACAUUUACCUGGUUUCCUCCUCGUAUUUAUUCGUUUAGUCCAUGCCGCAGUUUUUAUCGUCGGUGGUCGAACGGCUAUUGCCGCCGCCGAUGUCGACAGGCGAGCGAAGAAUUUCAUUCGAAACUUUCGAGUGGUUGGCUUGUUGUGGUUGAUUUCGUUCCCCGCGGUUGUUUUCAUGGCGAGGUUUAUGAAAAAAUUAUGGCAAAGGCGUUUCGUCGCCGCUGGAUGCGUGACGUUACAAACGCUCGGGUUGUGCGGACUCGCGAGUUUAGUUUUGUUGGACGAUAGUUUCAUGAAGUUGAGCUCAAUUAGUGGGAAAGGAAAUGCGUCGUUCUAUCGCGGUGGCGUCUCCAAGUUUGGCGUCGGUAAGCUGCGAACGAAAGUGAGCAUGGAUUAA